CCCAACCCCUCCAAGAGGCGGGACUUUUAGCAGCUGGGUCAGGGACCCAAGACACCUGCUGGACCACCUCACCUUCUCCACUGAAGCAGGGAAGUGGGAGCAUUGAGCUUGCAGGUUAACGCUGACCUCAAGCCGCUCCUCACCCAGACAGGAUGAGAGUGUCAGGUGUGCUUCGCCUCCUGGCCUUCAUCUUUGUCCUGGUCACCACGUGGAUCUUCAUUCGCAACUAUCUGAACUUCAGCAUGAAAACCAUACGUCUGCCACGCUGGCUGGCUGGCUCUGCCCGCGAGGAGACCGAAGUCGUAAAGACCAAGUGUGACCUCAGCAAGCCCUGCCCAGCCAACUUCUUCGCAUUCAAGAUCUGCAGCGGGGCCGCCAACGUCGUGGGCCCCUCUAUGUGCUUCGAAAACCAGAUGAUCAUGAGUCCCGUGAAAAACAACGUGGGCAGAGGCCUGAACAUCGCCCUUGUGAAUGGAACCACGGGAACGGUGAUGCAACAGAAAACCUUUGACAUGUACUCUGGAGAUGUUCAGGUCCUGGUGAAAUUCCUUAAAGAAAUUCCAGAGGGCACCCUGGUGCUGGUGGCCUCCUACGAUGACCCAGGGACCAAAAUGAAUAAAGAAAUCAGGCAGCUCUUCUCCAAUUUGGGGAGUUCCUACGCAAAUCAGCUGGGCUUCCGGGACAGCUGGGUCUUCUUAGGGGCCAAAGACCUCAAGAACAAAAGCCCCUUUGAGCAGUUCUUAAAGAACAACCCAGAAACGAACAAAUACGAGGGCUGGCCGGAGCUGCUGGAGCUGGAGGGCUGCGUGCCCCUGAAGACAGCUUAG